AUGGCUCCUUUAAACAUGGAGGAUUACAUGGGAGGAGCACCGGGCGCCGAACACCUAUGUGUGCUUGUUCACGGUCUCUGGGGAAACCCGAAACACAUGGCAUCGCUGGCACGAGCACUACGGGCGCAGUUUCCACCGGAACAGGUGCACAUCCUCGUGGCCAAGCGCAACAGCGGCUCCUUCACCUACGACGGCAUCGAGUUGGGCGGCGAACGUGUGUGUACCGAAAUUGAAGAGAAGUUGGAGCUGAUCCGCUCCCGCGGUGAGCGUAUCACCAAGCUCAGUGUCGUCGGAUACUCACUGGGCGGUCUAGUCGCGCGCUAUGCCAUCGGUCUUCUGCUCGCAAGGGGAGUCCUGGAUGAUCUGGAGUGCAUGAAUUUCACCGCUUUCGCCUCACCCUUCCUCGGUGUACGCACACCCCUUCGUGGCUGGGCCAACCAUAUGUGGAAUGUGCUGGGCGCGCGCACGCUGUGCAUGUCAGGUCGCCAGCUAUUUGGCAUCGACCGUUUCCGCGACACAGGGAAGCCACUUCUCGCAGUCCUGGCCGACCCUAACUCCAUUUUCAUGCGUGCCCUAGCCCGCUUCCGCCGCCGCACCCUUUAUGCCAAUAUCGUCAAUGACCGUAGCGCUGUCUAUUACACCACUGCUAUCUCUGCCACUGACCCGUACGCCACUCUGUUCGCUGCAGAUUCGAACCACGUGGCCAACCGCGUGCGCUACUUGCCUGGCUAUGAGCCCAUCAUACUCGACCCAGAAGAACCGAUCCUCCCGCCACCAGAGCAACCUCCAGAAAAUGAGGCUUCGCCGUUUACAAUGCGCUUAAGUCGCUGGGCAAAACGAGUGCCGUUUGUGCUGGUAUUGACGCUGUUAGUCCCUGUGGGCGUAGUGACUUUCUUGGUCAACUCGGCGAUUCAAACGAUCCGUUCUCACAGGAGGGUCAAGCUCCAUGAGAGUGGGCGUGCGGGUAUCAACGUCGAGGAUUACAGGGUCAACCUAUGGUUCAAGGAGAUGCGCAGUGCUGUGGAGGGGGCAUAUGAGGAACUGAACAGCGCACAGGAGAAUGAGUUCUUGGACGAAGGCGGGGGUACUGUCACUCCCUCGAAAGGAGACGAGAGUCUUCUCGAUGCAGACAGGAAGCAACAGCGAGAGAACGAUUCAGAAGUUAACCCCGAGACACGGCCUCUCUUGAGCAGGGAGUCAACAGCAGGCGGGGAUAACCUCUAUCAAACUCUGGCGCUCGCUCCGUAUCAGUUUGACGCCAUCCGGGCUCUAGACAAGCUUGGAUGGCGCAAGUAUCCUGUAUGGAUACACAAGCAUCGGCAUAGCCAUGCUGCUAUCAUUGUGCGUAUAGAGAAGCCUGCUUUUGAUGAAGGCAAGGUGGUGCUGAAGCAUUGGGUGACAGAAGAGUUUUUGACUUGA